AGUGCUAGCCGUGUGAGGGUGUGUGACAGUUAUUUUUAUUUUUUGUGUUGAAAAGUGAUUGUGAUUUUUGUGCAAGAUAAUAAUAGUGUACGAGUAAUCUCGUUCGGGGAUGAAAUCCACGGCCAUGGACUGCGGAAGCUGCCUCAGCCCCGCCAGCGACACGGACGAGUCAGAGACUUCGCUGUUCCCCUUCGAUAACCAGAAAGACACCAACAAAAUGGCCUUCGACAACUACCUAACCCCACAACGCAACAAAAAGUUUCGCGAUUGCUACGAGACCAAACUGCCCUACGUCCGCGAAUUCAAAGAACUGGUCGAACGCUUCAAAAACAACGAAGAAGAAACAUUCGACGAUCGCAUGCGUUCCAAUUUCAACGAGGAAAUGAACUAUGCUCAAAACGAAUCGAAUCUGACGCUGCUGCGUAUGACGGAACAGACUUUCGAAGUCCCAAUUGAAAGGGAAAGAGUAACGCAGUCGUAUUUCGCUGAAAACGAGAAUACUAGACGGUGUUUAAACUUCAAUUUCGAGCAGGUCCAGUGUGUGUGUGAGGCGUUACAGCAGAAGGGUGAUAUAGAGAAGUUGUCAGAGUUUCUGUGGAGUUUACCGCCGAGCGAGCUGCUUCGUGGAAGCGAAACUGUACUCAGAGCCCGCGCUUUAGUAGCGUACCAUAGAGGAGCGUUUCAAGAGCUAUACGCCAUAUUGGAGGCGCACGCUUUCCCGCCAAAACACCACAACGCUCUACAGACUCUAUGGUUCAAGGCUCACUACAAGGAGGCGGAGAAAGUUCGAGGAAGAAAACUGGGUGCUGUGGAUAAAUAUAGGCUCAGGAAGAAAUACCCGCUACCAAAGACCAUCUGGGAUGGUGAAGAAACUGUGUACUGUUUUAAAGAAAAAAGCAGGAACGCCUUGAAAGAAUGUUACUACCGAAACAGGUAUCCGACGCCAGAUGAGAAGCGAGCACUAGCGCGCAAGACGGGUCUGACUCUCACUCAAGUCUCUAACUGGUUCAAGAACCGUCGCCAGCGAGACCGAACACCGCAGCAGAUUAACAGACCAGAGAUGCUAGUACCAGCCCAGUACGCGGGCCCACAGGGCGGUCUCGCUCCUGCCCUGCUGCCCAACUCCUACUACCACCAGCUACAAGAACCUACCCAUUAUCUUAGUAAUGGGGCAUAA